GAUUUGAUUACUUUUCUUUACUAACUGAAGAAUAUCUCAACAAUAAGUCUUGGAAUCUCAACUAUAAGUCUAUGCAACCUAUUCUUGUUCAAAUGAAAUAGAUCGAUUAGAGUAGCGAAAUUGGUGACAAAUUGAACUACUAGAUCAAGUAAAAUGAAAGACGGCAAAAGUGGAGAUGGAGCAGGAGAGGAACCGAUGAACGCUCCGUUGUUAGAAGAAUAUUUAUCACCGCCGACUACACUGCAACUGAAUCAUCAUAAUGAAAAACGAGAUGAUUUACCGAGCCGAGUUUGGGUCGAAUCGAAGAAGUUUUGGUAUAUUGCUGGUCCAAGUAUCGUCAUCCGUCUAUCUUCUAAUUCUAUACUGGUUAUCACCCAAGCUUUUGCUGGUCAUUUGGGUGUCCUUGAGCUUGCUGCAGUUUCCAUUUCAGUUACAGUUGUUAUUGGUUUUACCUUCGGAUUAUUGUUGGGAAUGGCGAGUGCGUUAGAGACAUUAUGUGGUCAAGCAUACGGAGCUAAACGAUACCAUAUGCUAGGAAUUUACCUGCAGCGUUCAUGGAUUGUUUUGACUCUCUGUGCAAUUUUACUUCUACCGGUUUACAUAUUUACUACCCCAAUUCUUAAACUCUUGGGACAACCACAUGAUUUGGCUGAGCUAACAGGAUUAGUCACAAUAUGGCUGAUUCCAAUUCCUUUUGCCUUAGCUAUACAGCUGCCUUCACAAAGAUUUCUUCAGUGUCAACGCAAGACCCCAAUAGCUGCUUGGGUAUGCAUGGGUGCCCUACUGUUUCAUAUUUUCCUUACCUGGUUAGUCGUUUACAAACUUGGUUUUGGUGUUCUUGGAGCUGCUGCCGCGUCCAAUGUCUCAUGGUGGAUUAUAGCUUUGGGACCAGUUGCUUACAUGGCUUGUGGUGGUUGCCCUGAAACAUGGACUGGUUUUUCUAUGGAAGCCUUUUCUGGUCUUUGGGAUUUUUUCAAACUCUCGGUGGCUUCUGGCGUCAUGAUAUGUUUGGAAUAUUGGUACUACAGAAUACUGGUUUUGAUGUCUGGAAACUUGAACAACGCUACGGUUGCAGUCUCAGCUCUUACCAUCUGUAUGAGCAUAAACGGAUGGGAAGUGAUGAUUCCAUUUGCUUUCUUCGCCGCAACCGGAGUAAGGGUUGCAACCGAGCUUGGAGCAGGGAACGGAAAAGCUGCAAAAUUUGCUUCCCAAGUUUCAGUAAUUACAUCUUUGAUAAUAGGGAUAUUCUUUUGUACCCUGAUAAUGGUUUUUCAUGAUAAGUUGGCAAUCAUUUUCACCUCGAGUGAGGCCGUCCUCCACGCAGUUGAUAACCUGGCAUUCCUCUUGGCUUGCACCAUUCUCCUCAACAGCGUUCAACCUAUUCUCUCGGGGGUAGCCGUUGGCUCAGGAUGGCAAGCAUCGGUAGCAUACAUUAACAUUGGCUGCUAUUAUAUCAUCGGACUUCCACUUGGGGCUGUCCUUGGAUGGGUUUUCCAUUUUGGUGUUCCAGGUAUAUGGAGUGGGAUGAUAGGUGGUACCGCUAUUCAAACGUUGAUAUUGAGCAUAAUAAUCAUUAGGUGUGAUUGGGAUAUGCAAGCUCAAAAGGCAAGCAGACGGAUGAAUAUGUUGUCAAAUUCAGGUGGCAUACCCUAAAAGCAGCAGUUUAGCAAAUUGUUGCAUUGUGCAAUGUUAAGGUCCCUGCAAUUCUACUUUAUAUCGUUUUUAUUAUUGGAAUCACUUUCCGGCAAUCACUGUAACCACUGCAAAGAAAUACGUGGCAACAUUAUUAAAUAGAUGAUUUGUGCUCUUUAAAUCAAAAAUAAUUUUUGGAACAAAA